UGGAUACUUGGAAACAGUAUGUAAAAGUUAUUGCCGUUACACUUACUCUAUAUUUUCGACAUCUUUUUUCUUUCAAACGAAUGCUUAUUCCAACAGGUUCGCUGCCGACGCAUGAUAACAAGUUUUACGGGGGAAACCCCGAAUAUGGAACGGCCAAUAAGGGCCUUAUUGAGUUUCCCGGUCUCAUAUAAAAAGACCCUGAGUAUGAAGCAGGAUGCCCCUUUAAAACGGCAGCCAUUCAAAUCUGUAUUGUGUUUACAAUCCCCAUUUCAAGUUGAAAGGCGUAGAAUCAUGCUGGAAUGUCCUGUGUAGGUGAAGUGUCUGGAGACUAAGGCAACUGUCUGCUUCUUAUACUUAACUUUAUAGGGAGAGUAAACACUCUAAGUAUGUUGUUAUCAUCUAAUGAUUGGAUGGAAGAGGAAGAAUACCUAGGAGUUGAUUAUAAUCACAUGCAAAGAAAGCAACACACUCUUGGAUUCCGAGAGGGUGUGAGUUCUGGACAAGAGUAUGUUCUCCAGCAGGCAUUCAAUGCAGGUUAUACUUUUUCUGGGCCAUGCUUUGAAAGAAUGUCACAUUGCAGGGGAGUCUUAAGUGGAUUGUUGAUGUACUUACUGUGGAAGAAGGAGAAGUGCCCAAAUCAACUUAUCGAAGAAAUCGAAAACUUAAUUUCAUGUUUUGAAAAAUGCGAAUGUGAAGAACUCCAUAAAGAAGAACUUUAUAAACAAAUUGAUCACACAAAGCAUUUAACAACCCAUGUUAAAACAAAACAAACAUUGGAACUGACAGAAGAUGUUAUUGAAAAUUUAAGUGAUCUCAUGAACUCAAUUACGAACAAUGAGUCUGUCAAGUGUGAAAAUGAAAACAUUGAUAAUGACAAUAUUGAAGAGGCCAACAAAAGUUGUCUUUCUGGUACUGAGUGUUCCGGAAAGAAAUGUUACGUUGUGGACGAUCAAAUUAAGACACAAGAUUGUUACAGUAAAACCUUAUUUUUUUGUAAAACUGAAGAGAUGAAACUGUCGGUUAUAAAUAUAUUAGACAAAGUUGAAAAGUAUAUUGAAAAACCUUUGAGCGAUAAAUUGAGAUUAAAUUUGUUUGUAUGAUAUGA